AUGUGGUAUGUAAUAAUCAAUAGUUAUACAAGUAAUUACUAACUUCUUCAGUGGUAUUUUUGGAUAUGUCAAUUUCUUAGUUGAUAAAACUAGAGGCGAAAUUAUUGAUAAUCUUAUUGAAGGUUUACAAAGAUUAGAAUAUAGAGGGUAUGAUUCUGCUGGUAUUGCUGUUGAUGGUCAAGUUGUAAAAGCUGGUGAUCAAGAAUAUAUGGAAAAUAUCAUUGUUAAAUGUCCUGGUAAAGUCAAAGUUUUAAAACAAAAAGUUAUUGAUGAUAAAGUUGAUAGAUCUGCAGUUUUCGAUAAUCAUGCUGGUAUUGCUCAUACAAGAUGGGCUACUCAUGGUCAACCUAAAACAGAAAAUUGUCAUCCUCAUAGAUCUGAUCCAAAAGGUGAAUUUAUUGUUGUCCAUAAUGGUAUUAUUACAAAUUUUGCAGCUUUAAGAAAAUAUUUAUUAUCAAAAGGUCAUCAAUUUGAAUCAGAAACUGAUUCUGAAUGUAUUGCAAAAUUGUUUAAACAUUUUUAUGAUUUAAAUAUUAAUGCUGGUGUUUCACCUGAUUUAAAUGAAUUAACUAAACAAGUUUUACAUGAAUUAGAAGGUUCUUAUGGUUUAUUAGUUAAAUCAUAUCAUUAUCCAGGUGAAGUUUGUGGUACAAGAAAAGGUUCACCUUUAUUAGUUGGUGUUAAAACUGAUAAGAAAUUAAAAGUUGAUUUUGUUGAUGUUGAAUUCGAAGAUAAACAAUUUGUUGAAGCACAACUGAAUGAAUUUUUACCAAUUGCACCUGGUGAACAAAAUUUAAGAACUUCACAAUCAAGAGCAUUUUUAUCAGAAGAUGAUUUACCAAUGCCAGUUGAAUUUUUCUUAUCAUCAGAUCCUGCUUCAGUUAUUCAACAUACUAAAAAGGUUUUAUUUUUAGAAGAUGAUGAUAUUGCACAUAUUUAUGAUGGUGAAUUGCAUAUUCAUAGAGCUUCAACUAAAAGUGCUGGUGAAUCAACAGUAAGACCAAUUCAAACUUUAGAAAUGGAAUUAAAUGAAAUUAUGAAAGGUCCUUAUAAACAUUUUAUGCAAAAGGAAAUUUUUGAGCAACCAGAUUCUACUUUUAAUACUAUGAGAGGUAGAAUUGAUUUUGAAAAUUGUAGAAUUAAUUUAGGUGGAUUAAAAUCUUGGUUAUCAACUAUAAGAAGAUGUAGAAGAAUUAUAAUGAUUGCAUGUGGUACAUCAUAUCAUUCAUGUUUAGCAACAAGAUCAAUUUUUGAAGAAUUAACUGAAAUUCCUGUAAGUGUUGAAUUAGCAAGUGAUUUUUUGGAUAGAAAAUCUCCAGUUUUUAGAGAUGAUACAUGUGUUUUUGUUUCACAAUCAGGAGAAACUGCUGAUUCUAUAUUAGCAUUACAAUAUUGUUUAGAAAGAGGAGCUUUAACUGUUGGUAUAGUUAAUGCAGUUGGUUCAUCAAUGUCAAGACAAACUCAUUGUGGUGUUCAUAUUAAUGCAGGACCCGAAAUUGGAGUUGCAUCAACAAAAGCUUAUACAUCACAAUAUAUUGCAUUAGUUAUGUUUGCUUUAUCAUUAUCAAAUGAUUCAAUUUCAAGAAAAGCAAGACAUGAAGAAAUUAUAAAAGGUUUACAAAAAAUUCCUCAACAAAUUAAACAAGUUUUAAAAUUAGAAGAUAAAAUAAAACAAUUAUGUGAUGAUUCAUUAAAUGAUCAAAAAUCUUUAUUAUUAUUAGGUAGAGGAUAUCAGUUUGCAACAGCAUUAGAAGGUGCUCUCAAAAUUAAAGAAAUUUCAUAUAUGCAUUCGGAAGGUGUUUUAGCAGGUGAAUUAAAACAUGGAGUUUUGGCAUUGGUUGAUGAUAAAUUACCCAUAAUUGCAUUUGCAACUAGAGAUUCAUUAUUUCCAAAAACAAUGUCAGCAAUUGAACAAGUCACUGCAAGAGAUGGAAGACCAAUUGUUAUUUGUAAUGAAGGAGAUGCAAUUAUAUCAAAUGAUAAAGUUCAUACAACGUUAGAAGUUCCACAAACAGUUGAUUGUUUACAAGGAUUAUUAAAUGUUAUACCUGUUCAAUUAAUAAGUUAUUGGUUAGCUGUAAAUAGAGAUAUUGAUGUUGAUUUCCCUCGUAAUUUAGCAAAAUCUGUCACAGUUGAAUAG